AUGUCGUCCAAACAAAAAGUUUGCAUUUUAGGAUCCGGAAAUUGGGGUUCAGCAAUCGCAAAAAUAAUUGGUUCAAAUGCAGCCCGCUUGGAUUCAUUUGAUUCCUGUGUCAACAUGUGGGUUUAUGAAGAAAUUAUUGAAGGAAAAAAAUUGACAGAAAUAAUUAACACCACUCAUGAAAAUGUGAAGUAUUUACCUGGAAAGAAACUCCCUGAGAAUGUUGUUGCUGUACCUGAUGCAGCCGAAGCAGCCAAAGAUGCCGAUAUUUUAGUAUUUGUUGUUCCUCAUCAAUUCAUACCAAAAUUAUGUUCUAGCCUUGAAGGAUUCAUAAAACCUUCUGCUACAGCACUUUCUUUAAUUAAAGGAUUUGAUGUCGCAGAAGGGGGUGGAAUAGCUCUGAUUUCACAAAUUAUCAAAAAACAUUUAAAUAUUGAAGUCUCUGUACUAAUGGGUGCUAAUUUGGCCAAUGAAAUUGCUGAUGAAAAAUUUAGUGAAACCACUAUUGGAUGUAAAGAUAAGCAAAUUGGACAAAUUCUUAAAGAUGUAAUCCAGACUGACUAUUUCCGUGUUUCUGUUGUUGAUGAUGUUGAAGCUGUUGAAGCUUGUGGAGCACUUAAAAAUAUUGUGGCUGUCGGAGCUGGUUUUGUUGAUGGUUUGAAAUUAGGAGACAACACUAAAGCAGCCAUAAUACGAAUAGGUCUUAUGGAAAUGAUUAAAUUUGUUGAAAAAUUUUACUCUCAUGCUCGACUUAGUACAUUCCUAGAAUCAUGCGGUGUUGCCGAUUUAAUCACUACAUGCUAUGGUGGUCGUAAUAGGAAAGUAUCUGAAGCUUAUGUAACAUCAGGAAAGUCAAUCGAAGAACUAGAAAAAGAAUUGUUAAAUGGACAAAAACUUCAAGGACCAAUCACAGCGGCUGAAGUAAAUUUUAUGCUCAAAAAUAAAGAUAUGGAAAAUGAUUUCCCAUUGUUUACAACUGUCCAUAAGAUUUGUAUUGGAGAAUUAAAGCCUAGUGAUUUAAUUGAACAAAUGAAAUUAAAUACCAACAUAAAAACUGAACAAACUGGUGGAGAAUAA